CACACACACACACAAUCACGCACACAUCGCUCGCUCCCAUUCAGGGUGAACAUUGAAGCAACGUGUUUCUCUGCAUCGUACCGGCGGCGCGAGGCGGGGCGGUAGCACCGAUCAAACACCGGGAGGAGGGAGGAGCGGCGCGAGGGGCAUCAGCAGCAGCAGCAGAGACAACGAAUGCCCCCCACCCCCCCUGCUCUUUGAAGAAAGCCGGUAAUUAGUGACGUGUUUUGCCACCACCAGCAGCGAGGAGGGCAUUCGUCGGGACAGCCUGUUGGCGGUGCGUCGCGCGGACGAGCAGGACUCGGUAAUUCACCGGGGACCGAAUGAGGGGCUGAGCUGAAAAAGAGAAAAGGGGAAGAGGAUGACAAAGCCCUCAAUGCGGCGCCCAGCGGAGGACACAUCUACCGGACGAUCUGCCGUUUGCGGUUAAAGAAAUCCUCCGCCAGAUGACGCUCCGCCGCCUCUAAUGGGUGAGACCCGGUAUAGGAGGCGGUGCUGUGACCGGGGAAAGUGGACUUGUUCCCCGCCUUGCCGUGGACACUAGUCGGCGGGGUCGUCGCCCCUCUGACCGUCCUCCGACCGUGUGACUAGAGAUCGGUGCUCCCCGAUGCGGCCGGACCCUGAUGGUCGGCGUUCCCGGGCUGUCCGGUCGACGGUGGGAGAGGCUCGAGCCGCGGCCGCGCGCUAGGAUGCUGCGCCAGGUGUUGCAGGCGGGCCUGGGGGGCUCCUUCCACGCGCUGGGUCGCUUCGUCGCGAGCCACCCGGUGUUCUUCGCCUCCGCGCCCAUGCUGCUCUCCAUCUUGCUCGGCGCGAGCUUCAGCCGGUACCGCGUGGAGGAGAACGUCGAGUACCUGCUCGCGCCGAAGCACAGCCUGGCGAAGAUCGAGGGCAACCUCGUGGAGAGCCUGUUCCCCGUGAACCGCUCCAAGCAUGCGCUUUACUCCGACCUGCAGACCCCCGGCCGCUACGGACGCGUCAUCGUCACCGCGCGCAAGGGCAGCGUGCUGGAUCCGGUGCACCUGGACACCAUACUGACGCUUCACCGCCGGCUGUACCAGAUGCAGGUCACGGUGCCGGCCAGCAGCGCCAGCAGCUUCAACUACUCCUUCUCCUCGCUCUGCCUGCCGGACGACAACAACGCCUGCAUCAUCGACGACAUCAUCCGCUCCAUGCAGGGCAUCCAGGCGGCCCGCGCCGCCAACCACACCCCGCCCCCGCUCAAGUACCCAAUCACGCGGCUGGCAGACGGGCGGCAGGCCUACAUCGGCCACCAGCUCGGGGGGGUGCAGGGCUGGGGCCCCAUGGCCAAAGGGGACGGCGUGCGUUCGGCGCGCGCCCUCCAACUCACCUACUACCUCCAGGCGCACACCAGUUUGAUGGACAAGGUGGCCGGCCAAUGGGAGAUGGCCUUCUGCGCGGAGCUGCAGCAUUUCGGCGCGGCGCACCCCAAGCUGGGCCUGUACCCGUCCACGUCGUCGUCCCUGCGGACCGACUUCCAGCACUCCUCGGUGUUGGCGCGGCGCCCCCUGCUGAUCAGCUUGGGGCUGUGCAGCGUCCUGGCGGUGCUGUGCUGCUCCAUGAGGGACUGUGUGCGGGCCAAGCCCUGGCUGGGCCUGCUGGCGCUGCUGUCCAUCACGCUGUCGGGACUCACCGCCGCGGGGAUCCUCAACCUGACCGGGGCCACGUACAACUCCACCUACCUGGGCAUCCCCUUCGUCAUGCUGGGCCACGGGCUCUUCGGCUCCUUCGAGAUGCUGUCGUCGUGGCGACGGACGCGGGAGGACCAGCACGUGAAGGACCGCGUGGCGGCCGUCUUCGAGGACGUGAUGCUGCGCUUCUCGGGCUCCACCCUGCUGCACCUGACGGCGCUGGGCCUGGCCGCCUCGCCGCUCACCAACAUGGAGGCCGUGCGCCUCUUCUGCCGCACGGCCUCGCUGGGCGUGGCCGUGGGCUACGUGUACACGCUGUCGCUGUACGGCUCCUGCCUGGUGUUCACCGGCUACCUCGAGACGGGCUACCGCCACGGCUGCUUCUGCCGCCGCGUGCCCAAGCCCGAGCGGCUGGACGCCAAGCCGGCCUGGUACCGCUGCCUCAUGUACACGCGCUACGAGGAGGAGACGGCCGGCCCUCACGCCAGCCCGCCGCGCAGCUACGCGCACGACAACGCGCACGGCAACGCGCACGGCGACGCGCACGGCAACGCGCACGGGGACGCCGUGCACGGGAAUGUGAACGUGCACGGGAAUGUGAACGUGCACGGGAAUGUUAACGCGCACGCUCAUAGGAACGCCCACGGGAACGCCCACGGGAACGCCCACGGGAACGCCAUUGGUCACUCGGCGGUCAAUUCCGGCGCCACGCACGUGCACGCCGGGAGCCUCCAGGGCGCCCACGGCAACAGUCACGUGACUCACUCGACGGCGGCACACAUGCACGCGCAUCCUCACUCCCACCCGCACAUGCACCCUCACGUGCACGCCGGGGCGGCCCCCCCUCUGUCGGCCCUCGGCCCGGACCCCCACCCACACCCUCAGGACUCCCACCUGCUGCUGGGCUGCAUGCGGCGUUGCUACGGCGACUGGAUCACCAACACCUACGUGAAGCCCUUCGUGGUGCUGCUGUACCUCGUUUACAUCUCCUUCGGCCUCAUGGGCUUCAUGCAGGUGACCCAGGGCUCCGACCCCAGCGCCCUGGUUGCCAUGGACACGGCCACGGUGCUGUACGCGCGGGCCCAGCAGCGCUACUUCAGCUCCUACUCGCCGGUCAUCGGCUUCUACAUCUACGAGAGCGCCCCCUACUGGAACGCCUCGGUGCAGCGGGACCUGCUGGAGUACACCAAGGGCUUCCAGAGGAUCAGCUGGCUGGAGUCCUACCUGGGAUACCUGUCGGAGCUCAACCAGUCCACCAGCCAGCCGCGCCACAACUUCACCCGCACGCUGCGCCUCCACUUCCUGCGCCAGCCGCGCUACGCCCACUUCGCCGACGACAUCAUCUUCGCCGAGCGGGGCGCGGGCGAGGAGCCCGAGGUGGCGGCGUCGCGCGUCUUCCUGGUCGCCAAGACGACGGAGAACAAGCGGGAGGAGAUGUCGGUGCUGCUGGACACGCUGCGGCGGCUGUCGCUGACGUCGCGCGUGCGCUUCCUCAUCUUCAACCCAUCCUUCGUGUACCUGGACCGCUACGCGGCGGCCGUGGGCUGGCCCCUGCGCCACUCCCUGCUGGCCGUGCUCUUCCUGCUGGGCCUGGCCUCCCUGGCGCUGGUGGAGCCCCUGGUGGCCGCCUGGCUGGGCCUGACGCUGCUGUCGGUGCAGUUCGGCGUGGUGGGCUUCAUGACCCUGUGGGGGGUGGAGCUGGACUGCGUGUCGGUGCUCUGCCUCAUCUCCACGCUGGGCCACGCCGCCGACUGCAGCGCCCCCCUGCUGUGCGGCUUCGCGGGGGGCCGCGGGGAGAGCCGGACUCGCUGGGUGCGCGUGGCGCUGGAGCGGCACGGCGUGGCCUCCCUGCAGGCGCUGCUCUGCUACGCCGCCGCACUGGCGCCCGUGGCGUGCGUGCGCUCCAACCUCACGCGCACCAUCUUCCGCUGCCUGGCGCUGGCGGCGGGCUGCUCGGCGCUGCACACGCUGGCCUUCCUGCCCACGCUGCUCACCUUCCUGCCGCCCGCCAAGUCCAAGGACGCGCCGGGCGGGCGGGGGCCGGGCAGCCCCCGGCAGGAGGUGGAGUGCGUGGAGAUGAACGACAGCACGCGGGUGGUGGACCAGAUCACCACCGUCUGACCGCCGGGACCGCGCG